GGGAACGCAUGAGAGGAUUCAGUCUACAGAACAAUUAGAUCGAUUCUAGCUCAGUGCUAGAUGAAUUACAAUUUUCGGCUAAAAUCCCUACCACGAUGACUGCGUAACUUUGAGUCGUCGAGACGAACGCGUGCUAAAUAAUGAUACGUAUUUUCUACCACGAUAAAAUCGUCAAACUGUUGUACAGUCGAUCGUGUAAUUUUUGAAACAGUUCAACUGAUCGUUUUAUCGAAAUGGGUGCGAUCGUCGAACUGUUACUGUUCACCACUGUUCUAUGUACGAGUGUUGGUGGAGUGCAAGGCGAGUGCAGGCAUGUGAUGAACGACGACAUGAUAGAAUACACCUGCGAGGGUGGACGACUUUCCGACUUGAACGAUCUUCCCGAGUCAACUGGAAAAAUUCGAAUCACUAACAUGCCAAUUUCAAGGAUAACUACGAACACUUUCUCCAGAUUCGGUCAAGAUUUAUGGGUCCUUAGUUGUUCCCAAUGUCAGAUAAGGGACAUCGAUCCAGGUGCUUUCCAGCGCUUGAACAAUCUCCAGCAGCUAAGUCUAGACAAUAAUUACUUAACCACCGUCAGAGAAUCCUGGUUCAGAGGCCUGGAUUAUUUAACGUACUUGGACUUAAAUUACAAUUACAUAGAAUCCAUCGAGGAUGGGGUGUUCAGGAAUCUACCCAGUCUGAUUGAUUUAAGACUAUCUGGUAAUCGAUUGGAAUGUUUGAAUCUGGAAGCUAUGACGAAUUUGAGAGACUUGAAGAGAAUAUUCCUCGGUGAAAACUCCGAAUUCAAGUGUCCCAAUGCCGUCAGCGCGUUCCUUGAAAGGCGUGGAGUGAUAUUUGACAGGGAUCCGGAAUGGAGUAAAAUUCCCAACGACUUGAUCCCAGCGAUACCAUUUGGCUACGAUAUCGACGAGUAUACCACUCCGGAGCAAACCAUGGCAUUGCCUACCCAUCGCCAGAGACUACAUCCAACAUCAGCGACACCACCACCUCAGCCCAUGGAAUCCACAGCAACAUACGUACCACCAAAAUUCCAUACCACCGAAGAAGUAAUCUAUCGUCCAGUGUACACUCCAGAUUGGAGAACAACUCCAAGACCAACGACUGAAGUCUACGAAGAGAGGGAACACUCCAGCACGCCCAGCCCCUAUUACGAUGAUGUAGCGAGGCCCUACGUUCCCCCAAGGACCAUCGCCCCAAUAGACACGUACGAAACAACAAAGUACGAAACUCAGGAUGCAACAACCUUAAGAUCUUGGCCGACAUUCCCGGAAUCCACCAGUGCUAGACCCGAAUACCCGCUUUAUCCACCCCAUGAGAACGAGGACAGGGACUACGAUGAGCAAUAUUAUUCGAGCGAAGCGACCAACUCGUUCCCUUUGGCACCUAGCCCACCUGAUCGUCACGAAACACCGCCUUUCGUGGAAUCUGAUGCAGAGCGGACAACCGUCCCAUAUACGGAUUGGUACGACAGGAAUACCGUACCAUCGUACCCAGCUAUAUACAAUAGGCCACCGGAGUACCGCGUCCCACCGACAAGUGAAUCGCCUCCGACUCAUAUCGUCCAACCAUUGCCUCCUAUGUCGCCAGAAAUGGUGCAGCCAGCCUCGCCAGAUAACACGUUUCAAGCACCCUAUUACGAGCACACGAUUACCGUUCAUACUCCACCAUUGGUUGCCAAUCAACCGUCUCUGGAAGAAAUGACUCCAGUUAUGAUACCAAUUGAAACGACCACCGAUAAACCGUUGCCCAAUUGCCCGACCAGCAAUUUAUCUUCCUCGAGCCAGGGCUCCCUAGGGACGAUCCUCGUCUCCUUUCUUCUGAUCACUAUCGGUCGCAUCCUCGUGGAGGGAUUUUAGCUAAAAAAAACAAUAAUCUUACCUUACAAACUAACGUUAAUCUAUUAACGAAACAGUGCGGGCACGUAUGUCCUGGAGUGACGGUAAAUGGAUUUAAUCAUAGACAUUGGACGAUCAAAGUGUAGCUAUACGAUUUCGUCGUUUUCUUCUCUCCGCAUGGUGUUGAAUCGAUCACGAAGACUAUGGUAAUCAUCGGUUGUAAGCUCGCGAACCAAACGGACCGUUGGUUCUUAAGAAGCACCGAGGAGCCUGUUGAACCCAAAGUUGGGCCAGGGAAGCACAGGAAGCUGAACGUCUAGAAAAGAUGCUGAAGAUCGAAAACGAAGAAAACGCAGCUGCAAAUAAUCUAGCUUUG